AUGAAUGGAUUUUCAGAUCAUGGGUUGGAUGAGGGGUCAUUUGGGGAGAAGGGAGGGAUUGUGAAGGCUUUUGAUGCUUUUCCCAAAGCGAAACCACAAUACAUAACACAAACUUCUGGGGGCGGCAAAUGGACCGUCGCCAUGAUGCUCGUGUCCUUCGCUCUCCUCGUCUCCGAAUUCAUGCGUUGGUGGACUGGCCACGAAACCCACACCUUCGUAGUUGAGAAGGGUGUUGGACAUUCCCUACAGAUAAACAUGGAUAUGGUCAUCAAAAUGAAAUGUUCGGAGGUCCAUAUUAACGUACAAGAUGCGGCUGGUGAUCGCAUAUUAGCUGGAAUAAUGCUCAAAGAGGAUGCGACGAAUUGGAAACAAUGGGUGGAUGCAAAGGGUAUACAUCAAUUGGGUAAAGAUGCCCAUGGAAGAGUGAUUACCGGAGAGGAAUAUCAUGAGGAGGGAUUUGGAGAGGAACAUGUUCAUGAUAUCGUGGUAUUAGGAGGGAAGAAGAGGGCGAAGUUCGCCAAGACCCCGAGAGUCAAGGGUGGUCCUAAGGGGGUGAUAGUUGUAGGGUUUAUGGAAGUUUGGAGGUUAAUAAGGUGCAGGGUGACUUUCAUAUCACUGCAAGGGGUCAUGGAUAUCCGGAGAUGGGAAAACAUUUGGAUCAUAGUGGUUUCAUUCAAUUUCUCCCACAUAAUCAACGAGUUAUCAUUCGGUCCCUUCUACCCCUCCCUUCUCAACCCCCUCGACCGCACCAUCGCCGGCACACCCAACCAUUUCCACAAAUACCAAUACUUUCUCUCCAUAGUUCCAACUCUUUACUCCCUCUCGCCAUCGACAUUUUCUCCCUCGUCAUCUCCCACCCUUCUACGCACAAAUCAAUACGCUGUUACGUCACAAGAACAUAUUGUGGGCGAACGCAGCGUCCCGGGUAUAUUCUUCAAAUAUGAUAUUGAGCCGCUUCUUUUGACAGUAGAGGAAAGUAGAGAUGGAUUCUUGAGAUUUGUGGUUAAGGUUGUCAAUGUUGUGAGUGGUGUGUUGGUUGCGGGCCAUUGGGGAUUCACCAUCACAGAGUGGGGAUUGAGGGUUUGGGGACGGAGGAGUGGGAGAGGUGCAAAGGGUAUGUUGGAUAGUGGAAAGUACAAUGAGGAUUAA